AAAGCCCACAUUUAAACUGCUGCCUGCCUGUGCAGCAGCUGAGGAACUAUGGAGUGGAUUUUAUAGACCAAAACCCUCAGUUAAAACUGCUCAAAACGGUUUCUGUUACUACCUAGCAACAAUGAAGGAAGGGAAGGAGGCAAAUCCCAUUAGUGAAUGCAACUGAACCACUACAUGCUAGCACUCGCUGCUAGCAUUAUCACCAGAAAUAUGGAUACUCAGGAGAGAAUACAGCACUGCAUUGUCCGACAAGGGAAAUACCAGAUGUAAAAGCUUCAGUGCAACGAUUGUCGGAGGCAGACAAUCCUGGCUGGAACAGAAACAGGAACUACCGGUCUUUUGUUUGGAAGAUGAACAAAAAAAACCCAAGACGAGGACGCUCCUGAGCAAAGGAGCUAACACAGCAACAGACAGACAGAUGGACAGAUUGGAUAUUGUGAAAAGCAAUCGCAGGAAGCAGACUGCUGGGGGAUGUGCGCAUGUUCGAUAGCAUCUUUUUUGCUGAAGUGAUGGCGUGCCAAAACUAUUUUCAGUGGGUAUAAUCCUCUCACCAUAAAUGGCCUGACCAAGGAAGAGUGAGCCAUUUGUAAAAAAAUAGUCUAAGUGAAUAGCAGAAGAUGAAUACCAAAGAAUAGCAGUGGAUUCAAACAGCAAAACAUUUUCUUCAACCAUUAUCUCAUAUCCUAUUACUGGAUACUUACAACAUGCUUCAGUGGAGAAGACGACAUUGCUGCUUGGCAAAAAUGACCUGGAAUACCAAAAGGUCUCUGUUUCGAACCCACCUUAUUGGUCUGCUCUCUCUUGUAUUUCUUUUUGCUAUGUUCCUGUUUUUUAAUCAUCACGACUGGCUUCCAGGUAGGGCUGGAUUCAAAGAAAACCCUGUGGCUUAUACCAUACGAGGAUUUAGGUCUACAAAAAGUGAAACGAACCACAGCUCUCUAAGGAACAUUUGGAAGGAUGCAGUUCCUCAGACUUUUAGGCCUCAAACAGUCACUAAUUCCAACAACACGGAUCUGUCACCACAAGGAGUAACUGGCUUAGAGAACACACUCAGUGCCAAUGGAAGCAUUUACAAUGAGAAAGGUACUGGGCACCCAACUUCAUAUCAUUUUAAGUAUAUCAUAAAUGAACCUGAAAAAUGCCAGGAGAAAAGUCCUUUUCUAAUACUACUCAUAGCAGCAGAGCCAGGCCAAGUGGAAGCUAGACAAGCUAUUCGGCAAACCUGGGGUAAUGAAAGCCUGGCACCAGGUAUCCAAAUUGUUCGCAUUUUUCUUCUGGGUCUAAGUAUUAAGCUAAAUGGAUACCUCCAACGUGCCAUCCUAGAGGAAAGCAGACAAUACCAUGAUAUUGUUCAACAAGAAUAUUUAGACACUUAUUAUAAUUUAACCAUUAAAACUCUUAUGGGAAUGAACUGGGUUGCUACCUACUGCGCAAAUGUUCCCUACGUUAUGAAAACUGACAGUGACAUGUUUGUCAACACUGAAUAUUUAAUACAUAAGCUUCUGAAGCCAGAACUGCCUCCAAGGCACAAAUAUUUUACUGGUUAUCUAAUGAGAGGGUAUGCACCUAACAGGAACAAGGAUAGCAAGUGGUAUAUGCCACCUGAUCUAUAUCCAAGUGAGCGUUACCCAGUAUUUUGCUCUGGAACUGGUUAUGUUUUUUCUGGAGAUUUGGCAGAAAAGAUAUUUAAGGUCUCUUUAAGCAUCAGACGUUUGCAUCUGGAGGAUGUAUACGUUGGGAUCUGUCUUGCCAAGCUGCGAAUUGACCCUAUGCCCCCACCAAAUGAGUUUGUCUUCAAUCACUGGCGAGUUUCUUACUCCAGCUGUAAAUAUAGCCACCUAAUUACCUCCCAUCAGUUCCAGCCUAGUGAACUGAUCAAAUACUGGAACCACUUACAACAAAAUAAGCACAAUGCCUGUGCCAAUGCAGCGAAAGAAAAAGCUGGCAGGUAUCGCCAUCGUAAACUGCACUAAAAAGGACAAUACUUCUUCUAUAAAAAAGUAUUCCAUGUGCAAUUUGUAAAUAUUGCUGACAGCAUGAACAGUAAAAAUGGAUGAUCUUAAAUGGGACAGUAUUUAGUUAAGCCCCAUCACAUAAUGGGGUUUUGAAAAUUAUUUUUUUAAUUUAAAGAAAAAAAUAUUCUUGAAAACAGUACUAUUACAACACCAGAACCAAAAGGUUUUCCAAACUAAUUUGAAAAAGAUGGUAUACAAAGAUUUUUUGUGUUAAUGUGCAAUAAUAAGCAUGCACACUUUGGUGGUACAAUUGCUAUUUUAUGUGCCAAUAAAAUAUAAUUGAGCAUAUUUCCCACAUCAACUUUUUCUUUAAAGAAACAUCUUCAUUCUUAUAGUCCAAGUCUUUCCUUUCAUUAAAGAUUUUCUUUUUUCUAGAACUGCUGUAAAUAAACCCACUAAUGACAAGCUAAGGAUUUUUAUUUUUUACAUGUGCACAAAAAGGAAAAGAUUCUUUUCUAUUUAGAACCAUAUUAAAAUAUGGUUUCAUAUACACUAGGAGUUUAUUAAUGUAACAUUACAAUUUUAUGACAUAAUCAAUGAAUUUUAAGGAACCAACCAUGUACUUUACUAUAGCCAGAUUUCUACUUUGCAAAAUAUGUUUUUUGGUCUUAAAAAACCUCACAGUUUAGAAAGAUACUAUUGUACAUCAGAGCUUGCAAUGUAAAAUGAGUUAAGGUCAUAUUUUAAAAGUGAGCCAUCACUGAAGGUUACUUCGAACUUUAAGUUGCAUUCUAAGGAUGGUACCAACAUUUGGCGCAUAUGAAAAGAAAUCUGUUGAUGCACUCCUUGCUUGAACAGUGACAUCUACACAGUUAAAAGUACUAUAUCAAAACAAACUUUCCAAACCUUUGGAUAGGUCUCAUUUGUAAAAGAAAAGCCAAAAGUGUAUCAAUAUUGUGCAAAACGAAUAGGACUAAUUGGAUGAUCAUGGUUACAUUAUGGCAAAAUAAACCUAAAAGCCUAUUUUAAACAUACCCCAAGUGAUAAUUUGACAUUUCUGGACAACAAAAUGGUUGGAAAUACAAAAUUGGUUGCCCGAUUUUAUGAAAAAACACUAUUUUGUACCACUGAAAACAAAAAAGUAACAAAAGUAAUUUCAAUGUAUUUACAGAUAUUUCUCCUAAUGUACAGUAUAAGAAAAGUGUUUAAUAACAAGGUUGUAUCAUCCCAGGUCACCGUUUGUUAUUGUAGGAUUUCCACACCUCUUUAGUUUUGGCAGAAACCCAUUCUGGGUCCCCAAUUAGUACUAUUACAGGGUAAAUAUAUUUAAUGAGCUUGUAUUUAAUAUUUAAUUAAAAUUAUUUUAAGUAGAUAUUUUAUUAUUUUUAUUUUAGUUAAAAUGGAUACUAUUUAUGCUCACUACCUGAAAGCCACUCAAACCUGUUUUUACGAAAGGUAAAGAUUAUCUAACAUUGAAACUGCUCAAGACAUAUUGGCUUGCCCUACUGCCCAAGACUUAUUGGCUUGCCCUACUUUUUGUAUUUUCUGAUUGUCAAAUUAGGUGCACCAUAUACAGUGUUUUUUGGAUCAAUUUCUCCUUUACAAGUCUAUGCUAAUAACAUUUAAUCUUAGCAGCCUUUGAUAUAGUUGACCACAGAGCAAUUUUAUAUCCAGGAACCACUAGGUAUGAAUGGAUUGUUUGGGUUUACUUAAAACUCUCAGGGAACAUUAUGAGCUCUUGUGGUAGAGGAGCAAUUUGCCUAUUAUUUACCUUUCGGGUGUUCCUCUUAUGUUCUACCUUAUCAUCCUUGUGUAUUACUCUAGAUACUUAUAUGGUGCAACAGCCACAGUAUUUGUUCACCUUCACAAUACUUAAAAAGAGAGAGCGAGAGCGAGAACCACAAUCUCUUAUUUCCAGAUGUCGGAGGGGAAAAAUGCUUGACUGCUUUAUGUUUAUUUGUGAAGUAGAAUGAGUAUAUUGUGUGAAUAGAAGAAUUAAAAGAAGGCUAAGGUAAGGAAAUAAAUUUUACAUUAUGUUCUAGCGAUAUCCAUUGCCCUUUAUAUGAUACAUUCUCAAGUGUUAAAGAUGUUAGGGCUCUUUUACCAGUGCACUGAAAAUACCUAUUUCUGGUUUUCUUAAAAUUCAGACCUAACAGUUUCUUGUUAGGACAGAGACUAUCCUGGAUGAAAGCUACCUGGUUUAAGAUUAACGUAACAAGAUGGAUAUAAUGCUACUGGCUAUUGGGAAGAGAGACUGCAGGGAGCCAACUGUUCCACAUCAUUAGAGGGUUAUGUUCCAACUUGGUUGAGAGUGAUAUGUAAUCACUGUUUCAUAACUCAUUCAGUACUGUUCCUUGAUCUUUAGCUUAGAGGCCUUUUCCCUAUAAGCAGCUGGCCAAAAGGAUAUUCAUUUUCCUUUCAAAGGAGGUCAUCACUUAUACCCAUCUUCAGCAAUUGCAGGCUGGGCCAUUAUAAUUUGGAUAAUAAUUUGGAUCGCUCAAAAAAAAUCAGCUAAUCAGUUAAUGCAGAACGCUCUUCUUUUCUUGUUAGACAAGGCAGCCAGUGACAUCUCACUACUGAAAUUCUACUGGCUACUGGGUACAAUCCAAGGGGUUAAUAGCUAAACCUUAAGUGGCUUGGCACUUGAACUCUAAGGUUUGGCAGAAAGGCAUCCUCUAGAGGACUCAUAUUUGGAACAUGCUCCUGCUUUCAGUCUGGCAGAGUUUAAGACAGGUUGCAAUACCUAUCAGUUUAGUCUAAAAAAAUCUUUGCCAGUUAAAAUGCCAACAAUCUGGUGCACUGUGUAAGAGCUCCUUAAUUUUGUAAGCCAUACUGAAUGACCAUCAUAAUUUUUAAAAAUUUGUAUUAGUGCCUGCUUCUAGCUUGAAGGCACAUUAUAAAUACAAAUAAAUAUUUGAAUUAUUGGCAAGAUA